UUGAAGCUCCUCCCCUUUGUUCUGGCUCCGCCCACGCAGACGCCGGCGAAGCUUCUGGUGGCGCCCAGGCGCGGUGCAUUGUGGGGCAGAGAAGCCGUUGUAGAACAGGGCCGCCGCCAAGAUGAUGCCCACACCUGUUAUCCUGCUGAAGGAGGGCACUGACACUUCCCAAGGGAUCCCUCAGCUGAUUAGUAAUAUCAGUGCCUGCCAAAUCGUGGCAGAAGCCAUCCGCACUACGCUCGGCCCCCGGGGCAUGGACAAACUCAUCGUUGAUGACAGAGGCAAAGCAACUAUUUCCAAUGAUGGUGCCACUAUCCUGAAGCUCCUUGAUGUGGUACAUCCUGCUGCAAAGACGCUUGUAGACAUUGCCAAAUCCCAAGAUGCAGAGGUUGGUGAUGGUACCACUUCUGUUACCCUCCUAGCUGCUGAAUUCCUAAAGCAGAUCAAGCCCUACGUGGAAGAAGGCCUCCAUCCCCAGAUCAUCAUCCGUGCCUUCCGUACUGCAACUCAGUUGGCUGUAAAUAAGAUCAAGAGUAUCGCAGUCACAAUCAAGAAAACAGACCAAGAGGAGUUGAGAGGCUUGCUGGAGAAAUGUGCAAGCACAGCUUUGAGUUCCAAGCUGAUUUCCUCACAGAAGGAAUUUUUUGCCAAGAUGGUGGUGGAUGCAGUCAUGAUGCUGGAUGAGCUGCUGCAGAUAAAAAUGAUUGGAAUCAAGAAGGUGCAGGGAGGAGCCCUGGAGGAUUCCCAGCUGGUGGCAGGAGUUGCCUUCAAGAAAACUUUCUCUUAUGCUGGGUUUGAGAUGCAGCCUAAAAAGUACCAGUCCCCCAAGAUUGCCUUACUCAACAUUGAGCUGGAGCUCAAGGCAGAGAAGGACAAUGCUGAAAUCAGAGUCAACACUGUGGAGGAUUACCAGGCUAUUGUGGAUGCUGAGUGGAACAUCUUGUAUGAGAAACUGGAUAAACUCCACAAAUCAGGGGCCAAAGUUAUCCUCUCUAAGCUUCCCAUUGGUGACGUGGCCACUCAGUACUUUGCUGAUAGGGACAUGUUCUGCGCUGGCCGAGUCCCCGAAGAAGACCUCAAAAGAACCAUGAUGGCCUGUGGGGGAUCCAUCCAGACCAGUGCAAAUUCCCUGACAGAUGAUGUCCUUGGGCGCUGUGAGCUCUUUGAGGAGGUGCAGGUUGGAGGCGAGAGGUAUAACUUCUUCACAGGGUGCCCGAAAGCCAAGACGUGCACGAUAAUUCUGCGUGGAGGAGCAGAGCAAUUCAUGGAGGAGACUGAGCGUUCACUCCAUGAUGCCAUCAUGAUUGUCAGGAGGGCGAUCAAGAAUGACUCAGUUGUCGCUGGCGGGGGAGCCAUCGAGAUGGAGAUCUCAAAGUACCUCCGAGACUAUUCCAGAACCAUUCCUGGCAAGCAGCAGUUGCUGAUAGGAGCUUAUGCCAAAGCCCUGGAGAUCAUUCCACGCCAGCUCUGUGACAAUGCCGGCUUUGAUGCCACAAACAUCCUUAACAAGCUCCGGGCUAAGCAUGCGCAGGGCGGGAUGUGGUAUGGCGUAGAUGUGAACAAUGAAGACAUUGCAGACAACUUUGUGGCCUGUGUAUGGGAGCCGGCAGUGGUGCGCAUCAAUGCCCUGACAGCAGCCUCAGAAGCAGCCUGCCUCAUUGUGUCCGUGGACGAAACCAUCAAGAACCCCCGUUCCACAGUCGAUGCCCCUCCUGCAGGCCGUGGCAGAGGGCGGCCCCAUAACCAUUGAUGGCCCGAUUUCACCAGUAGUGUGAGAUGCAAAAACCCUGUCUUUGUCACUUAGUUCCCCUUAAUUUGGUUCCUUCAUUUGGACCAUUAACCAUGAUGCUCUCCACCACUAUGUGCCCCAUUGCGUGGCUGCUCUUGUUCAGUAGAGCUCUACUCAUUUCCUAUAAUGUAUUAAAUGGGGAAAAGUCCUUCAAAAUUCAAGGUCGUACACAUUUGAAUACUCAAGCCCUGGUAUGCCAGCAGGUUGCAGAUGCCUCUCUCCCCACUCCCAGGUUACUCCUUGAGUUUCAGCCUGGACGAUUCGGCACCUCCAGGUGUCUGCAGUGUUGGCAUAGACCUUGAAUGUUAAAUGGGUUGGUUACUGGUUGUAUUUAUUGGUUUUUCUUUUCUACUGGAGAAUCAAAGCCAGGAGUGAGCACAAUAAAUAGUUAUAAAAAGCA